CUCGAGUGGGCCGAGGCUGAAGCCGCCUGCGGCAGCGCCGAGGAGCUGGAACGGGAGCGGAGCAAGCUGUCGGUAGACACUCUGCAGUUCCUGCUCUUCCUGUACAUCCAGCAGGUGAACAAGGUCUCUCUGCGAAGGUCUCUGAUCGGGGAGGAGUGGCCUAGCCCCAGGACGAAGGCUCCCAGCCUGACUGGAAAAUCUGCUGGUAACUGGAACGAUCAGGACCAGCGUGCCUUUGUGCAGAGCCACCUCUCAGAGAUGCUGGAGCUGCUGCUGGAGCCCGAGCAGCUCACUGCCUCCUCCCAUCCCACCCACAGCACCUUGGUGUCCUACGAAGCUCUCUGUGCUCUCAGCUUUCUUCUUGAAGGGACCAUGGGCAAAUCCAGGAGGGUCCAUCCUCUCCAUGAGCUUGCCCUCUGGCAGCCCUGCCAGGGGCAGAACGGCUACUCCAAGGUCUCCAGAACCUUCUCUUGCCACAAGUUGGAGAGCUGGCUGAGGUCCUGCCUGACCACAAACCCUUUUGGAAUGACUGCCUGCCUCAAGUCUGGGAAGAAACUGGCCUGGGCACAGCAAGUUGAAGGAACGACCAGGAGAGCCAAGAUUGCCUGCAGUGCUCACGUGGUGCCUGAAGUGUUCCCCAUGGUGAUCAUGAGCCAGGUGUACAAGCAGACGUUGGCCAAGAGCUCGGACACCUUGGUGGGGGCUCAUGUCAGAGUCCAUGGGUGCAACGAGUCCUUCAUUUACCUCCUCUCCCCUCUCCGGUCUGUGACCAUUGAGAAGAGCAGGAACAGCACCUUUGUCCUUGGCCCCGUGCAGGCCUCUGUCCACGUGCAGGGCUGUGACAACAUCCGGGUCAUCGUCGUCUGCCACCGCUUGUCCCUCGCCUCCACCACCGCCUGCACCUUCUACAUCCUCACACCUACCCAGCCUCUCAUCCUCUCGGGGAACCAAGCAGUCAGCUUUGCUCCUUUCCACACCCAUUAUCCCAUGCUGGAAGACCACAUGGCUCAGGUGGGCUUGGCCACGCUGCCAAACUACUGGGACAACCCCCUGGUGGUGUGCAGGGAGAGCUGCGACGCCGGCGUCUUCCGCCUCCUGCCGCCCUCCGACUUCUACACCUUUGUGGUGCCUUUUGAGAUGGAGGGGGACACCACGGAGACCCCGGGUGGGCUUCCCCAGGCCUAUCAGAAGGCUCUGAGUCAACGAGAGCAGAAGGUACAGGUCUGGCAGAAGACUGUGAAGGAGGCAGGCCUGACCAAGGAUCAGAGGAAACGGUUCCAGAUCCUGGUGGAGAACAAGUUCUAUGAGUGGCUGGUUCAGACAGGGAACCGCCAGCAGCUGGAUAGCCUUGUCCCUCCUCCAGCAGCCUCCAAGCAGGCACCAGGGUAG